AUGAGCAAUUUGGGGCAUAAAAGCUGGGCUGCGCUGGACGAAGAUUCUGAAACUGAGAGUGGUAAAGUUGUGCAGUCUUUUGAAGCACCAAUCACAAGAGGAAGUAAAGAGAAGUUAAAAUCAGUUAGUAGAGAAAAUUCAAGAAGUAGAAAAAGAGUAAAAUACCACAGCAACAGUGAUUCUGACUCUACAAAAUCAGUUAAAUCUUCUAGAAGACCACUGGAACUAGAGACUGAUGUUGCUAUUCUUCAAAGAAGACAAAAACAAAUAGAUUAUGGAAAGAACACUGUUGGAUACCACAAUUAUACCCAAGAAGUUCCACUGGAUAAGCGUUCUAAAGAGCAUCCAAAAACCCCUGACAAAUAUGCAAAAUAUAGCAGGAGAUCUUGGGACACCUUAAUAAGAUUGUGGAGGAAAAAACUCCAUGAAUAUGAUACAAACAAUUGUGAUGACACAGUGGAUAUUGCAGAAGAACUAGAUUCAGAUAGUAGUAGCAAUAAAUAA